AUGGCGGUGUCUCGGCAGCUGGCCAUCCGCCUGGCCUACGCGGCCGCCGGCGCCCUCUCCGGCCUGGCCGCCUUCCUGGCCUGGAACCUGGCGCCCGGCUUGCGGCAGCCUUGCACCGCCGCCGCCGGCGGGCUCUCCGGUGUGCUGGCGCUCUGGGCUCUCAUCACGCAUGUGAUGUACGUGCAGGAUUACUGGAGGACCUGGCUGAAGGGCCUGAAGUUCUUUCUCAUCGUUGGCAUUCUCUUCUGCAUCCUCGCCCUGGUGGGGUUCUGCACGUUCCUGGCACUGGCCAUCACACAGCAUCAGUCCUUGACGGAUCCAAAGAGUUACUACCUGUCUUGCAUCUGGAGCCUCCUCUCCUUCAAGUGGGCCUUCCUCCUCUGCUUAUAUUCUUUCCGGUACAGAAACGAGUUUGCGGACAUCAGCAUUCUUAGUGACUUCUAAGACCCGGACUUCGAUCCCGCCAAGGGGAUGUGCGUGUUAGGGGGCCA